CCCAAUAAACGUAGAAGUGGAAGCCCAUCUAAGGUGAGAUUUUGUUCUAGGGUUACAGCAUAAGAGGCUGAUAUGCGAUAAAGUUGAGACUCUAAGCUAUUUCGCUGCCUUCUGUUGUUCGAAACUCGAAACCAAAACCCUAGCAGCCGGCAAGAAUGGCAGACGUUGAGGUCGAUGUUGCGGCAGGAGGAGCACCGAAGAAGAGAACGUUCAAGAAGUUCAGCUUCAGAGGCGUCGAUUUGGACGCGCUUCUCGACAUGUCCACCGACGAACUCGUGAAGCUCUUCAGCGCCCGCGCUCGUAGAAGGUUCCAGAGAGGCCUCACCAGAAAGCCCAUGGCAUUGAUUAAGAAGCUUCGCAAAGCGAAAAGGGAAGCACCAGCUGGUGAGAAGCCAGAGCCAGUGCGCACUCACCUUCGCAACAUGAUUAUUGUGCCAGAGAUGAUUGGUAGCAUUAUUGGAGUGUACAAUGGGAAGACCUUCAACCAGGUUGAAAUCAAACCCGAGAUGAUUGGCCAUUAUCUCGCUGAGUUCUCUAUUUCAUACAAACCCGUCAAGCACGGGAGACCUGGUAUAGGUGCUACUCACUCAUCCAGGUUUAUUCCUCUUAAGUGAAAACAAACUCUUAUCUAUUGUAGCAGUUUGUUGUGGUUCUCAGCAAAAUCCCCGACUCCUAUCAGAUUUUGUUUGUGGUUUACCCAUUUUAUGUUUAUUUACGUGUCAUAUGGUUUAAUCAGGACUUGAUUCAAUAGUAUCGACAUUUUAGUGUUUAAUUUUGUUAAGUUUCAUCUACAUCUAUAGCUUGACUUGUUUAUUUAAACCAUGGAAGAUUGAUGCAUCUUUGUUUACCAAAAUAGAACUUUUAACAUGGUUUGUGUUAAUCGAUGAA